GCUGGGGAUUUUCUCCUUUCCUGCGAGCUUUUCCCUCUGAAAUAUUCAGUCACCUCGAACACGGGCUGGAGUCUGCAUCGCGGGCGGUCCCGGCUCCCAGCGCUCCCCUCUCGGAGGGCUGGUCCAUGCUGGACCGGGCUUCCUGCCAGGGCGCGCUGGCGUCUCCGCUCUGAGGCCUUCUCCUCUGGUUGCAGGUCUUGGCUGAACAGGCGUCAGAUCAACGGGUCUCUGAACAGAACGCCCGCCGGCUUCUACGACCGCGUGUGGCAGAUCCUGGAGCGCACGCCCAACGGCAUCAUUGUCGCGGGGAAGCACCUGCCGCAGCAACCGACCCUGUCGGACAUGACCAUGUACGAGAUGAACUUCUCGCUCCUCGUGGAAGACAUGCUGGGCAACAUCGACCAGCCCAAGUACCGGCAGCUCAUCGUGGAGCUGCUGAUGGUCGUGUCCGUUGUCCUGGAAAGGAACCCCGAGCUCGAGUUUCAGGACAAAGUCGACCUGGACAAACUGGUGAAAGAAGCGUUUCAGGAAUUUCAGAAAGACGAGAGUCAACUCAAGGACGUUGAAAAUCAAGACGACAUGACUUCCUUUUACAACACGCCCCCGCUGGGCCGGCGCGGGACCUGCAGCUACCUGACCAAGGUGGUGAUGAACCUGCUGCUGGCGGGCGAGGUCAAGCCGGGCGGCGAGGACCCUUGUCUGGUCAGCUAGUGAGGAGGCGCGGGGGGCCCUGGGGACACGCGUUCGAGGAGCGGGUUACGUUCUGCCUGGACGUGGAGUCCAGGCGGCCACUACCGAGUGCACUGACCCCACUAGGGCGGCGCUGCCCGCCUCCCACAGGGACUGGGCCUCUGGCUGCCACCGCCAAGCGAAUGGUAGGACAUGCUGUCAGGCAAGCGAGAAAGUCCUCGUGGUCAUGCCAGCUGGCUGUGACCUUUACUGAACAGUAGGAAUAGUAGACGAUGGCAGGGUCACCACUGCAUGUUCUGUGAUCAGUUGCUCAUCAGAAGUGAUCAUCGCUUCCCACUUGCUCCACUGAAGUGCAUGUGCCACGCGGCGCGCUGGGAGGAACGCGGCUGGAGCGGCGCUGUUCAGGGCGUGUCACGCUGCCGGGAUUCAAAUGCACCGUCAAGCGCGUCGGCCAGCUGACGUCUUGAUGUUCGGAAGCUGUAGUAUUGGUAACAUUGUAGGAUACAGAGCUGCUCUACAGUUUUUACCUUGGAAACGUGACGAUGGUUUUGUAUUUGUCGCAACUGUAGCGGUUGGACUAAAAUACAGUAAUAAAUCUGAUCAAACGUGUGUAA